UGAAAGAUCACCACUUGAAAGCUGUUCCAUUCUGCAUUUGUUUCCUUUGUCUUCUAGUGCCAUCAUGUCUCUCUCAGGCUCAAGUUCCGUUAGCUGGUUAGCUUCUUCUCAGAAGUCCGGAUACUCACUUUCCCAUGGUGCAGCUUCUGGUGGUGGUGGUUUUUCAGCUGGUCUGUCCCGCUUGAGUUUAGGAGGAUUAGGUGUGGGAGGAGGUUAUGCCGUUGGAGCUGGAGGAUCUGCCUUUGGUGGAGGAGCAGGAGCAGCUGGUCUUGGUUUGGGUAGUGGUGUAGGUGGGGGAUUUGGCAGCAUUGGAGCAGGUCUGGGAGGUGGUCUUGGUUCAGUUGGUGUAGGAGGAGGAUUUGGUGGAGGAUUUGGUGGAGGUGUAGGAGGAGGAUUUGGUGGAGGUUUAGGAGGAAGUGCAGCAUUUUCUUUGGGGCGUUCUUUGACUGCAGGUGGACUAAGUUCAACCUUGAACGUUGGUGCACCUCGUGUAGUGCCCCAGCUACUGUCUAGAGCUUCAGAGAAACAAACCCUAGCAGGACUAAAUGAGCGCUUCUACUCUUACAUGGAGAAAGUGAAACAUCUACAGCUUGAGAACCAGACCCUCCAGACACAACUGAACUUUUUGACCGGUGGCACUUCUGUUACAUCAUCAGAUUCCUCUGCCCCAGUCAACUAUGAACUUCAGCUGACAGAUCUUAGAAACACAGUUGAGAGUCUAACUUUAGAAAACGUUAGAUAUGAGAUUGAACUUGACAACAUCAGAGGAGCAGCUGAAGAGCUUAAGACCAAGUAUGAACUAGAAUUGGGAGUGAAAUACCAACUGGACACAGAUAUUGCUGCAAUGAAAAGGGAUAUUGAAACUGCUACUGAUUUACGUACCACACUAGAACAAAGGUUUACCUCUGCACUGGAUGAUCUUGAUUUCCUAAAGAAGACACAUGAAGAGGAAAUCACCACACUACAGAGCAAGCUGGGUGCUACAUCUGACACCUCUGUAUCUCUUAUUGAAGUGGAUGCUGUUAAAUCAUUUGACCUCACCACUGCAUUAAACAAACUGAGAGCAGAAUAUGAAAAAUCUGUUCAGCAGCAUAAAGAAGAUGCAGAAGCCUACUUUAGAGCCAAGAUUGAAGAAAUAAGCAGUGAAUCAGCAAAAACGUCAGAAGUUGUGGCCACGGUUAAAACAGAAAUUGCAUCCACAAAGAAAGAAUUGCAGACAUAUAACUCAGAACUACAGUCACUUCUUUCAGUGAAUUACACACUUGAAAGCAGCUUGGCUGAAGUAGUAGCCAGGUCCAGUGUGGGAGUUGCAGAGUUUCAAGCUCAGAUAACAAGUUAUGAAUCUGCUAUUGAGUCUGCAAAAGUUGAACUUCAUAAACUUAUUGUCAACUACCAGGAGUUGCUGGACAUAAAACAGGCUUUAGAUGUAGAAAUUGCUACCUAUAAAAAACUACUGGAGGGAGAAGAUAUUAAAUUUCCUGAGGUUGGAGCGCUAACGGGUGGGACUUACACAUUCUCAUCUGAUUCUGGCUUUCAGAAAAAGGAAUCAGGUAUAGAAUUACACUGAGAAAUCAAGCUCAAUAUAUUCCACCUGCAUUUCCUUUCUGAAUGGGGCUAUCCAGUACUAAAAAAGUCUCCUUAAGACAAUACAGAUGUUUUGUUAUUCUAUUGCAUGAGAAAAUUAUGUGCUAAAUCUACAUAAAUGUUUUUUUCUACUGCUGGAAUAUAUUCCUUUAAUAGCAAUAAAUGUAUAAUUUGCAUC